AUGAGUUCGUAUUUUGUGAACCCUACUUUCCCUGUUUCACUGCCCAGUGGCCAGGACUCAUUCCUCGGACAGAUCCCACUCUAUACAACGGGCUAUGAUGCUCUAAGGCACUUUCCAGCUUCCUAUGGGGCAACCACCCUCCAGGACAAGAGUUACUCGUCACCUUGUUAUUAUCAACAAUCCAAUUCAGUAAUAGCUUGCAAUCGUGCAUCGUAUGAGUAUGGAGCUUCUUGUUUCUAUCCUGAAAAGGAUCUAGCCAGUAUUUCGCCAUCCGGUAGUGGAAAGCAUAGACCCCAGGAUGACUUCUUUUCCUCAGACCAACAUUACAAAACAGAUUGUGCGCAAAACAAAAUUUUAAGUGAAGAAGGAAACGACCGGAAGUACAGUACUCCAAUUUAUCCUUGGAUGCAACGAAUGAAUUCAAGUUCCAGUUCUGUAUUUGGGCCUCAUGGGCGUCGAGGACGACAGACCUAUACACGAUUCCAAACUCUUGAGCUGGAGAAAGAAUUUCACUUUAACAGAUAUUUAACUAGACGCCGCCGGAUAGAGAUUGCCAACGCACUCUGCCUCACAGAACGUCAGAUAAAGAUCUGGUUUCAGAAUAGGAGAAUGAAAUGGAAAAAGGAAAACAAACUUCUAAGCACAACAGAAUCCAACAGCGAAGAAGCAGAAGAUAAAACAGGGGAGUAAGAGCGCAAAUUCAAAGGAAGUUGUCCUGGGCCUUUCUGUUUGGUAGUGAGUUAUUGUGUGCUCAUUCUGCUAAACAGUUCAGAAAAAAAUAAUCGUAUAUCUGUUUGUUUUCGUUGUUCCUCCUCUUGAGCUUGUGUCUAUGUAUAAUUGGUAGAGGAAGUGUUCAAAUAAUUCGCAUUCCAUAGGAUACAAUAAUUAUACGGUGUAGGAUUAAUUGUUUUAUAAAUGCGAAGUGUGAAUGUUUCUGCUUCUCUAGUCGUUACUAUGUGAUGGGUUGCACCACAAAUAAUGAUCCAAUUGUUUCAAUGGAUAGUUUGCUCCGUAGGUAUAAUUUGACAGUCUUCAAAUAAAUGAUCGUAGUAGAUAUGCCCAUUUGCUAAUGAUAAAUAUUGCAUUGUAUAUGUCCAUAAUUUGCCUCAAUUUUUUGUUAUUUUUGGCUAAAUAAGAGGGCACAAUAUUCAGUCAGGUCGUGUCAUCUUUUCUCUACAAAGAAAACAAUUAUAUUUGCUUUUAUCUUGACAUUCGUAGGAUAAACUAAGCUUGGUUGGUAACGUUUUCGCUUUAAAUUGAAGUUUUGAGGAUAAAACGUCUUAAAUAUAUAUUAAGAUAUACAUUAAUAUAUAAAUAAAAAACAAGGUGCCCGAUUUGUAAGAAU